AUGAGCGGACCCGACGCAAAGAGGAAAGAAGGGUACAAGAAAAUCGAACGAUGCUGCGAGAUGGCAAAGGCCGAAGGUCUGGAUUAUGCUUGGGUGGAUACUUGCUGCAUCGACAAGACCAGCAGUGCAGAGCUUUCAGAAGCCAUCAACUCGAUGUACUACUGGUACGAGCAAGCCGCUGUCUGUUAUGCUUUUCUCGCUGAUGUACCGACCGAGAAGCCCUUUGAGAAGAGCAGAUGGUUUAUGGUGUUUUUCGACGAGAAUUGGACGAUGCUAGAACUCACAGCCGACCGUCAAAAAGUGGUCGCAGAGUCUACGGGUAUACCUGUUGAUAUUCUCCUUCAUGAAAAGGAUCUUGAUGAAUUCAGUAUCGCGCAACGAAUGUCCUGGGCAUCAGGGCGACAAACCUCCAGGAUUGAGGAUCGCGCUUAUUCUCUAAUGGGAUUGUUUGGGAUUAACAUGCCUUUGGUCUACGGAGAAAAAGAAAUAGCUUUCAUCCGUCUUCAGCAGGAAAUUAUGAAGAUUUCGAAUGACCACAGUAUUUUCGCUUGGCGAUCAAAGAGUAGUAUUGAUGGCUUUCCCACUUCUCCUGCAGCCUUUGCCAACUCCCAUAAUAUCGUCCAGGCGAACCCGCUCGGAUCUCUUGAUGACCCCUUUACUGUGGAUAAUCGAGGGGUCCAUCUAUAUGCUCGCUUUAUGGGUAUAGGGCGAAAAGGACUGGGAAUGGUAAUUCUCAACUGCAAAGAAAUCUACAGCGCUGAAUACAUUGCUAUCUUUGCCCGGGAUAUUUUAUUCUCAAUAAAGCGGUUUGAAAGGGUUUGGACGGAUGAACUGGAGAGGAUUGAUCUGGCAAAUUUUGAAUCAUCUGAACGCCCGUUUCGAGAUAUUUGUCUUCAGGUCCGUCGCGCGACGCGGAUACGAAAACGACAGGGAGAACACGAUGUCGUCAUAUCAAAGGAUGACAUUUACACAGAGAAUUCGUUGAGAGACAUCAUGAGAAACAAUAAUUCAAAACAGCUCUCAGAUGCAGCAGCACAUGGACGUCAUGAUCUCGUAUGGUUACUUCUGACACGGAGUGACGUUUGGGCCGACCUAAGAGAAAGACAUGUUGACCCAACGCCAUUAAUGUUGGCAUCCGGGGGUGGGCACGAAUCUACCAUGAGACUGCUGAUUGAAAAUGGGGCAGAUACAAAGGGCGGUGCGCCAGGUUGGAUAGGCGUUGAUGAUAGCACACCACUCAUAUGUGCCUCUAAAAAUGGACAUUACUCGAGUGUCAAACUACUUCUUGAUUAUGGAGCAGGAAUCGACUUCAGAAGCAGCGGUAAAACAGCAUUGGAGUACGCUGUUGAGGUGAGACAUGUGUCCAUAGUCAGGCUACUCAUUCGGGGAGACGCGGAAGUCUCUGAACCCUGGGAGAGGCUUGGUGGUGGUUUAUUUAAAUGGGCUUCUCGAGAGGGAUAUGCAAUUAUCACUGAGGUGCUACUUGAUAACAAUUGGGACGUGGAUUACAAGUCUGGACGUUUUUUUAGAACGCCGCUGUUCGAUGCUGCUGGAUACGGUCGUGAACAGGCAGUCGGACUGCUACUUGACAGGGGGGCGGAUAUAGAAGCCAAGGAUUCAGAAGGGAAGACACCACUUUUUCUGGCUGCCAAGCAUGGUCACGAACAUAUCGUCAACCUGCUUCUUGAGAGAGGGGCGAAUAUCAACGUGAAAGAUGAAACGGGGCAGACGCCGUCAACUUUGGCGGCUCGUUUUGAUCAAAUGACGAUUGCUAAGCUACUUGAGCCUAAAGCAUAG